AUGGAAGUUAGUAUAGGAGAUGUAGUAAUGCCUGGUGAUACUGUAAAAGAUAUUACAACAAUUACCAAAAAAGAGACAAUCAUUUUAGGACCUGGACUUCGUCGCGAAGCUGAUACAGUAUAUGCGUACAAAGCAGGUGUACUAAAGAAAACAGAACCAGCUGUAUAUUAUGUAGAUAGUUAUCAGAAACGUUAUGUACCAAACCGUGGAGAACAUGUAGUCGGCAUAGUAACACAGAAAGGUGGUGAUAUUUUUAAAGUGGAUAUAGGCGCCAGUGAACAAGCAUCUCUUUCAUAUCUAGCAUUUGAAGGAGCUACGAAGAAAAACCGACCUGACAUUCAAGUUGGAGACCUUGUGUUUGCCAAGCUUUUAGUUGCUAGUAAAGAUAUGGAACCAGAACUUGUAUGUGUAGAUUCUCAUGGUAAAGAAAAGAAGUUAGGUAUUUUAAGCUCUGAAGGCAUGCUCUUUACUUGCUCUUUGAGUCUUAUCAGAAAGAUAUUGAAUCACAAUUCCCCCUUGUUCAAUAUGCUUGCACGUAAUCAAGCAUUUGAAGUUGCAGCUGGUAUGAAUGGUAGAGUUUGGGUCAAAGCAAGAACUAUCCAAGAAACAAUAGCAAUAGCAACUGCUAUUCUGGCAGCAGAAUAUGCUCCACUUAGUGAUAUUAAGAAAUUAUGCUCAGAUAUUGAAAAAACCUUGCUUUUAACUCAAUCUGGUAAUAUGGAUUAAUUAUAAUAAAAGAAAUAACAAAUGUUA